CAUUACAAAGACGGCGUCGAGCAUCUGGACCAAGCGGAUCCAGGCAGUUGUUUUUAAUCCUCGAUGAAAGCCGUCGUUCGGUGUAAUUUUCAUGUUUUUCACUAUAUUUACAGUUGACAUUGUCGAUUUUGUUAAUUAACGACUUUCGUCAGUUUUGCAAAAUUAUAUUAGAUUCUUUUCCAUUAGCUCAAUGAUGCGCUUGAAGGUGAUUGUACGAGUUCGACCAAUGUCGCAAAGAGAGAAGCAAAAUGGUAAUCAACAGGUGGUUUCAGUUGAAAAUGGCUCCAGUCUUGCAAUAACUAACAUAAAGGUACCAGAACAGAAUGCAGGAGAUAGCAGAGAAAGAGUUCGAAGAUUUGCUUUUGACUACUGUUUUGCGGAAGAUGCAAGUCAAGAUCAAAUUUUUGAAACAGUUGAAAAUAUCGUUGGAACGUCUUUGAAAAAGCGAAAUCAUUCUUGCGUUCUGGCCUAUGGACAGACAUCAUCAGGAAAAACGCAUACCAUGAUGGGAGCUCCUCAAGACCCAGGUUUGACCCCAAGACUUUGUCGAAGAAUAUUUAAAUACUUCCAAGAAGGCGCCUUAAACGACGAAACGGCCACAAUGAAAGUAUCAGUGAGUUACUUAGAAAUUUACAAUGAGAAAGUAGCCGAUUUGCUUAUUGAAAGUGACAAAAAAGGCCAUGGUCAUCAGAAAUCGUUGAAAGUAAGAGAACACCCCAAAAAUGGACCGUAUGUUGAAGGGUUGUCUCAACAUGCAGUUGCUUCAGACGUCGCCCUUCUUGAACGAUUAGAAGCAGGAACAAGUAAAAGGCGCGUGGGAUCUACAAACACCAACCCCAGAUCAAGUAGGAGUCACGCUGUGUUUUCAAUAUCAUGCGACGGAAUUAAGCUACACUUAGUUGAUUUGGCUGGCAAUGAAAGAGCUAGCAGUAGGGGCUACGGCCCGAAUAGGUUCCGAGAGGGCGCCAACAUUAAUAAGAGCUUAGUGGCUUUAGGGAAUGUCAUAUCAACAUUAGCGGAUCAUUCGAAGAAUUCCUCAAACUCCAGAAAUAAAUUCGUCCCGUAUCGCGACUCGAUAUUAACAUGGCUUCUAAAGGACACUCUUCAGGGAAACUCGAACACAGUUAUGAUUGCAACGAUUUCACCAUCAAGCUCAUACUACAGUGAAACAGUGAAUACUCUGCGAUUCGGCCAACGAGCAAAACUCAUCGUUUACAAGCCAAUAAUCGUGGAAGACUCGAAAGAGAAAACUAUUAGGGAGCUAAGAAGUGAAAUAGCCAGGCUUAGAGAGUUGUUAAGACUGAAUAACUCGACUCCUUCAAGAAUUCUGUUAGAAACUCCGAUGACUACGAAUUCAACGGAAAACUUUAUAGAGACUGAUUCCGAGCGAAGCAAUUCUGAUACCUUCAUGUCUUCCCUUGGUGAUUCGUUCAAUGUUGUAUCAAAUUCCCCCGGUGUGGUCAGUGAAAAGGAAAAUUCCUUAUCGCUUUUGGGCAACCAUCAUGAAGAAACCCCGAUAAAAAAUAACCCAGAAACGUUACUCCCCGUUAUGAAUGUUAGAAGUUCAGUAGAAUCCACGCGCUUUAAAAGCCUUGGCAGAACGUACAGUAUGGAUAGAACGUGCAGCGUUGAAACAGACAAUUCAAAAUCGUUUAGCUCCUUGGAGUCCCUACAGUCUCCAAAGCAUAGCAAGACUGGCACUUCAAGAGACUCUUCUUCAGCUAGUUCUGCUACAAGAAGAUUUUCGAGCGGUAGUUCGGGAGCUUCAAGCCAACCAAAGCAAACCGUUCCAUUGUUGAAAAGACAACCAGUGAAUCGUAAUAGCCCAAUGUUAAAAACGAUCACUCAAAGAAAAGUACUAGUUCAACCCUCCAAGAAGGAGAAGGGCAUAGUUACUGAAAUUUCCGGUGCGAAGAAGAUCGAAUCUAAAAUUGAUACUGGCAGGAAAAACGUGGCUAAACCAAGAGCUCAAAUUGUAGCAGCAGUGACCAGCCGACUGUACAAUAAGGUACAUAAAAAGGACAUUGGAACGUCAACCGAAAACCUUUCAGUUGUUUCCAACGAAUCCCCAAAAGAGUUAUCAAUAUGUUCCAACGCCAGAAAUCGCCUGAGGGAGCUUACUCAUAGAGCUCUGAAAGCACACAAAAGUAAAAACGAAGAAACCCAAACGGAGCUAUUUCCAAUUUUAAGGGUAAAGGAAGUGGCCACUGAUUGUACGGAUUUAGUGGACGAAUCUUCUGCUGCCUCUACGUUGGAAAAACUCGAAACCAAAGACGUGGAAGUCGAAUGCACGCUACUAAAUCAGUUCAUGGAAGGGACAUUGAGAGAUAUUUUAGUACUCACUAGAAGCUGUGGGAUACAAACCAAUGCAGAGGAGAAAUGCAGCAAUAUAUCUUUUACGAAAUAUCUGACUGAAACUCAAAAAAAUCCCAUUUUCACUGAAGCCGUUAAUAUCAAUAUUUCACAUAACUAUAUAAACCGCACCGACAGUGUAUCAGAUGAUAGCUUAGAUAACCACCAUGCCAACGUGUCUUUUCCCACGCCCGAUUUGAUAAGCAAUCACAACUCUUUGGAGCAACAACCCAUUGAAAAUAGUGGAGAAUCGAUAGAGGCAAAAGUGCGUUAUGCUGAAAGCGGUCAGCUGCAAAAUUGUUUUGAAAAUGUGAAUUAUAUUCCUUCAAGCAAAGUGUGUGCUAGUAAAGCAGACGUACUUACUGUUCCAUACUACCACAAUAAUUUCAAAAGCGUGAAGGUCCUCACUGCUCAAGCACCUGAGUGUAUUUUAAAAGACAUUUGCAAGGAAUACUGCCAAUAUUUGCCGGAAUUUUCUCCUGUCAUGGCUAAAGCCCAUAAAAAAGACCAUCACUCAGACAAGUGCAACAGAAAAAAAUUAUCCUAUUAUAAGCCAAUUAUUCACAUGUAUCAAGACUGCAGAAGUGAGUUCAGCUCAAGUGAGUCAAGCGAAGAAAACUUUGAACUGAAUAUUCCCGAUUCCUUAGAAUACCAGCAUAAAAAAGUACAAUUUGCGCGCAAUGCUAGCAAUAAAAAAAACGACCGAGUUUUGAAGGCAAUGAAGAAUUUUCUUGAAGAAGCUAAACUGUUAAUGGCCAACAUAAACACUGUUGCACAGGAAAACAAAUGCCAGCAGCCGCAUCUGGAAGACUUCGAUAUUGAAGUCACUGUGGAUGAUGUUUCUGGAUUCGAAAACAUACGAAAACGAGCGCGCAGGAAAAAACAUCAGAGAGAAAGCAACGCCACUCAGACCGAAGCACUUCCAUCAAUGGAAAGUUCUUUUUCGCAAACAUCCGUUGAGUUUCCCCAAUACGCAUUACCCGUUAACAAAUUCGAGAGCCUUCUAGAAGAUUCAUGCAAGCGGUUGGAACAUAAAAUGAGCAAACCAUCUCGAUCGAGACACAUCAGUCUGACUUCCGAGGACUACGACGAUGAGAUUUUAUUUCAAAAGGCAAAGUACAAUCCGUGGGACUUGAGUCACGUUGAAAUAGAAGAUUCCAGUCUGGAAAGCAAUCCUGUGACAUUUUCGGAUUAUGGAAGCCUCCCCAGACGAACUCACAAAAGGCAGCGAACGCCUACCUGUAGCCCAAGUGCAUUUUUAAAACAACUUACCUCAAUGAGACGACAGAUUAUUGAGACGUCCAGAGAAGAACUCUUACAAGGCAGUAGCAAGUGACUACAUUUUGGACUAGUUCAUAUGUUAAGGACAUUUAUGUAAAGGUUUUUGUAAAGUAUUUAUAAUUAUGUUAAAGUUGAGAUUAAUGGGGUUUUGCUUUCAUAAAGUAAUAAAUAAUUUAGUACUUACUAA